UGGAUUCGAACUGCUGACCUCUUGGUUAGCAGCGCAGCUCUUAACUACUGCGCCACCAGGUGCUUAACCGGGUUUUGACUUUGGACACUUCUCUCAACUUCUCUAAGCAAUAGCUCCCUCUCCUCCGUAAAGCGUGGAUAAUAACAAAGAGUGCUACAGAGUUGAUGUAAAAUCAGAUUGGAUGAGGGACAUGAACGCCCUGGAUAAAUGUGAAUACACUGCAGGAAAAAGAGCUUUUGUUCAGAGUUCCCCAGAUCAAAGCUCAUUGACGGCCGUACUGCGCGUGCUCCGCUUCUCUACGCUGUCUUUGGCUCUCCCGCUUCCCACUAGGGGAGGGGGCCGGAAGUGCAGCGACUUCCUCCAGGCGCCUUGGGGCGAGGGGACGCGCGGAGAUGACGCAAGUAGCGCCGGAAGCCGCUCCCCUGUGAGGUUGCGGACCUGGAGCAGUGGCCGCACGUUCAGGCGCCAUGGCUGCGGAGCUGACCCGGCCGCUUCGAGGCUCUGGCGGCCCGAUCGCGCCCAGUCGGUGUGUGCCCGGCGCGAGGUCCCGGGCCGCGGGGCACUCGCUCAGAAAAAUGAAACUCUGGAUCACCUGAUUAGUCUGAGUGGGGCAGUCCAGCUUAGGCAUCUCUCCAAUAACCUGGAGACUCUUCUCAAGCGGGACUUCCUCAAACUCCUUCCCCUGGAGCUCAGUUUUUAUUUGUUAAAAUGGCUCGAUCCUCAGACUUUACUCACAUGCUGCCUCGUCUCUAAACAGUGGAAUAAGGUGAUAAGUGCCUGUACAGAGGUGUGGCAGACCGCGUGUAAAAAUUUGGGCUGGCAGAUAGAUGAUUCUGUUCAGGACACUUUGCACUGGAAGAAGGUUUAUUUGAAGGCUAUUUUAAGAAUGAAGCAACUCGAGGACCAUAAAGCCUUUGAGACCUCAUCAUUGAUUGGACACAGUGCCAGAGUGUAUGCACUUUACUACAAAGAUGGACUUCUCUGUACAGGGUCGGAUGACUUGUCUGCAAAGCUGUGGGAUGUGAGCACAGGGCAGUGCAUUUAUGGCAUCCAGACCCACACUUGUGCAGCGGUAAAGUUCGAUGAGCAGAAGCUUGUGACAGGCUCCUUUGACAACACUGUUGCCUGCUGGGAAUGGAGUUCUGGAGCCAGGACCCAGCACUUCCGGGGACACACGGGGGCGGUAUUUAGUGUGGACUACAAUGAUGAACUGGAUAUCUUGGUGAGUGGCUCUGCAGACUUCACUGUGAAAGUAUGGGCUUUAUCAGCUGGGACAUGCCUGAACACACUCACCGGGCAUACGGAAUGGGUUACCAAGGUGGUUUUGCAGAAGUGCAAAGUCAAGUCUCUCUUGCACAGCCCUGGAGACUACAUCCUCCUAAGUGCAGACAAAUAUGAGAUCAAGAUUUGGCCCAUUGGGAGAGAAAUCAACUGCAAGUGCUUAAAGACAUUGUCUGUCUCUGAGGAUAGAAGUAUCUGCCUGCAGCCAAGACUUCAUUUUGAUGGCAAAUAUAUUGUGUGUAGUUCAGCACUAGGUCUCUACCAGUGGGACUUUGCCAGUUAUGAUAUUCUCAGGGUCAUCAAGACUCCUGAGAUAGCAAACUUGGCCUUGCUUGGCUUUGGAGAGAUCUUUGCCCUGCUGUUUGACAACCGCUACCUGUACAUCAUGGACUUGCGGACAGAGAGCCUGAUUAGCCGCUGGCCUCUGCCAGAGUACAGGAAAUCAAAGAGAGGCUCAAGCUUUCUGGCAGGUGAAGCAUCCUGGCUGAAUGGACUGGAUGGGCACAAUGACACAGGCUUGGUCUUUGCUACCAGCAUGCCUGACCACAGUAUUCAUCUGGUGUUGUGGAAGGAGCACAGCUGAUGCCACAAGCCACCACCGCUGAGCUGACUGACUUUGGGUGCCAGGGCUGCGGGUUUUGAGUGCAACCUUGGUGCCAGCUGACUGCAUGAACCAAAGUUCUCACCUAACGGUAUCAUCACGCAGUGCACAAUCAUUUAUCUGUGUUUGCCAGAGGGCCAGGGCUCGGGGCGGGGGAGGGCUUGUUUUAUUGACAUACAAUGCAGCAUGCUAAUGGGGUACACCUUUGACUUCAUUUGUACUUAGUUAUGUUGAUCAGUGUAAGAGGAUGCACUUUGGGUUCAUCUUUCUUGACAGAAAUAUUGUUUUUAAGUAAAGAAUGUUAAAUUGCUUCAUUAAUCUGCUGAUUGGUUGCCUAUGAAAUCACAUUCAGUCUAUUAUUAAAGCUUUUUACCAUAGCCUUUUUUUCUUUCAAAGUUGAAGCAAAGGUGCUAUGAUGUAACAGCAACUUCUCGCACUUGGGGCUUAGAUUUUUAUAAGAGCCAGUGUUACAAAGACCAUGGAGUUCUGUGACAUUCAUAAACUCUCCACCAAAUACCGCUUCUAAAGAAAGUCUGUCUUCCAGUACAAAUCCAGUUCUGUAAAUUGAUUGUUCAUAACUCACUCAAAACCCCAGAUCUUGGCAGAGUCAAGAUUACACAUGUCUAAGAUGUGAGGGAGUUGUGUAAUUUUUUGUUUCCAUGUAGAGGAAGCUGUUUCUUGGUCCCCCAUAGCCUGGGUGAAUGCACAGAGCUGACAUGAUAUAGUAGAAAGAACACUGAGCUGGAAGAUUGGAGACUGGCUGUGGUACUUAGGAAUUCUGUGACCUCAGGCAUAUCACUUCCCUGGGCCACAGGUUACUGUCUUUAAAGCUAGGUGUUAACCUAAGUGCUUCCUAAGAUUCCUUCAAGUACUUGGUCUACUGAAGUGUGCAGAAGGUGAUACUGCUGUUUUGUCUGAUCCCUGAUUCAUUUGUGUUGGAGAUAACGUUUAAAUGAAAUCAUUGAUAAACGUUGUUAUCUAUAAGGAGUCAACUAUAUGGAAAGGAUGGAUAAAAGGGGAAUGUAGAAAAUAUAAGAUUCCACUUGGAAGAUUUAAGUAAUUGAUGAGAGCAAUACCUGUAGGAAUGAUGGUUCUCUAGAGAGGCAGUGUGCUAUGUUAGAAAGAAUCCAGCUUACCUUCCUCCUUUGUUUGUAACUUGAUAUGUGGCUUGAGGCUGGUUUGCUUUCCCUCCCUAGCCCCUCAUUUUCUUCAUCUUUAAAAUGAGGAAAUUGCCCUAGAUUAAGGUUCACAACACAAAUGCCUAAAAGAGCCAUGCAGGGAACAAAAAUGCUAGAUAGGAUUGUGCUGCACCACGGAAAGUUUAUCUGACGCGGGCUGUUACUCAGCUCUAGCUGUUUAUCUUUACACAGAAAGGAGUCCAAUAUUGGCAGGUCUUCUGAUUUUUUUCAGGGGGAACGAGAAAUCCAGAUUUUUAUUUGAAAUAUCCUGAUUUUUAAAAUAUUGACAGCUAAUUGAAGAUAAUUUAAAAUACAGUGGGCUAAACAAAACAUGCCUAAGCACUUUUUGUUUGUGUCCUCCACCCUCUUGCUGCUGGUAGGUAAUUCUGUGAUUUAGCAGUGGAAAUGGUUUAACUCAAUGCCACAAUCAUCAGGGUGAGAGUAGAGGGAGCAGCCGGUAGAAAAAGCCCUCACUUACCUUCAGCUGUUUCCCAUCGUGUUAUAGGGGAAUAAGAUGGACAUACUUCAGUCACAGACAUACAGGAAAGUAGUUGACAGAUGAAACACGAGAACUGGAACUUCAGUGAGAGCCUCUGCCUGGGAAUGUGAGUUAUUCCUUUUUGCUGACUCUAAUAUAAAGCAUAUCCAUUUUUACAGAUGGAAAAAAGAGUUGUUGGCAGAGCUGAACUGAUACUGACUAUAGUGGGGACCCACUGGAGAUUCUCACAGAAUCUUCACUAGCAUAAAGCUUGACAGAGGACCUCUGGGUGCUGUAAAGUUAGUAUUUUAGAGAAUCAGUGGUUGGUUUAGUUAACGUACGUGUUGAGACUCCAAGGGGAUUAGGUACAUUUGAGAAAACAAGAUCUUCCUUCACCCCCCACAUCUGGGUUUAAUCCAUCUCACAUUGAGUUCUCGUAUGAGCUCUGCUUAGUCCUCCUAGAAGUGGAACCAGAAUUACAGCUGGAAUCUAUUUUCCAAGAGACUUAGGGCAAUGAUGAGAGUAAAUUAUUUUUUCCCCUUCAUCCAGCCUGAAUAAAUAACUGAAGAUUACUGGUCUAAUGACCAUGCCUAUCCCCACCUCGCUUUCCAGUAGCUUCAAAGGACAAGUAAUUAUAAUUAUAGUCAUUUGUGUGGAAAAAACUUUACAAAUUACAAAAUUGAAACUUAUGUCCCCUUCCAUGCUGCCUCUUUUCAGUGGUGACUACCCAAGUUCUCAUCAGGGUGGUGCUUGGUGCAGCUGGAUUUUUAUAGCAGUACUUGGGACAGCGGUUGGAAUCAUAACUUUAAUUCCUCAUUCUCACAGAGGCCUUUAUUUCACCUGAGCAUUUUAUUGAAUUGCUUUACAGAUGUUGAGUUUAUUCAUAACAUUGCCGGCUUUUAUAAAAAUGGAAAACUAGCUCAUCCUUUAAAAAGAUAAAAAUAAAGUGAGAGCCAUGGAGGGAGUGGGUAGGAGAUAACUAGAGCUGUAGCCCCUUAAUCUCCUUUCAUUCAGGAAGGGGGCUACCUUCCCCACACACUGACUUCUGCUUCUUCAGCUCAGAGACGAGGGAAUUGCCUUUGUCUCUUCCUUUGUGAAUAUUCUGGUUUCUGAACAUUUCUAAGUCAUGAGCAUAUAGACCUCCUCCUUUUUUAUGAGCAUUGGAUUUCUUGGGUAGGUUUGUAGUUUGGUGGAAGUGAAGGGCCUCCCACCUCUCCGGUCAAUAAAGGGUGCCAUAACAACUUCAGGCUCCAGGGUGAGACGGCCCAGGAGAACUCAUUGAGGGUGAGGAUUUUAGCAGACUUUGUUCCCAUUCCAGCCCCAUUAUUUGAAGUAAUAAGUGUUAUAAAACUGGCCCUAACCUGACCUUUUGGACCUGCCAGAGAAAGAAGAAAAAUUACUUCCUCCAUUGGAGUGGCUAGUCUUUGAAGAGGACCCACGGGAAAGUACACGUGUGUGGACAGGUUUUCAUAAGUGGAAGGUGGAGAGUGUUGCUAUUAAAAUUUAAGGUUUGUACUUCCUUCUCAAUAGUUUAAGAAUUACUCUGUUCUGGCAACUGAAAACUCUUAGUAAAGUUUGAAUGAGGAAUAUAUAAUCAUUCUAGUAUUUGCUCACAGGGGAAUGGUUACUUCUUUACAUUUAUAAAACAUCUUAGGGGGAAAAGAAAUAUCUUUGGAAACAGUAUUAUUUUAAACAUGAAGAAAUUGUUUCUGUUAGGUCCAUUUUGGCCUAACAGAAGCAGCUAAGGAUGAUGGAAUUUGGCUUUACACAUUCCAUUGGCCAGACAUAGCCAGCUCCUUGAAAUUGUGACUGUGUGCCCUGGCUUCUUGAGAGCCUAGAGGUUAAUUUUCCCAGCAUCACUCUUCAGCCUUGGCGCCCCCUGCUCUGGGCCUCUUGGGGCCUAAGUGUAUGAACUACUUGCCUUUCUCUUAGGAAAGUGAGCAGUAUAGAUCACUACUCUAGGAUGCAGUCUGGAGCAAGGCACACUGUCACCUCUGCCUUCAGGGACACAGCAUUGACCUAAAGGAGAGAAGCCCUUUAGGUCUGUCCCUUGACACAUCCUUUCUGCCUGGUUAUGCUGGUGCUUGCCAUGGUGUUUUAAGACAGUUGAGACAUUCUUGAGAAUUAUUCAGUCCCUAGAUAGUGUCCCUGAUGAAAAGAACAGGUUAGCAUUCUUGACAAAAGUGCCCACCCACCAUCUUUGCCAGUGUCUCUGAUCAGAUGUUCCCCGUGCCUGCUCUAGGAUAGUGACUUUUUUUCAGAGUAAAUCCUCAGAUUACUGGGUAGUCUUCACACCACUCCCAUCAGCCUAAUCAAGCUAAAUGAUCAUGCUUAGUGCAAAAUGAUGUUCUGCUGUCGAAUUGUUUCAGUGUGUUUCCAGUCUUCCUCAGCCCUUCCUAGAACAGUUCCGUUGCUGAACGUUAACACUGCAUCCGGACCAGUGUAAACCCGCUUAAUUAUUGCAGCUUAAAGAAUCCAGCUACUUCUUUAUGAAUGUGUCCAAAUAAGAGUGUGUUUUUGCAUAUUUAAACCUAGCAAAUUAUUAAUUCAGAUGAUACAAGCUCACAAUUUUUUGGUGUCCUUAUACUCACAUUGUGAACAGACAUUUCACUAAUUUGGACUGAGUACCCUUGAUGAGAAUGCUCAGGUUGAAAAAGACUGAUCUCUAUCACCAAGCCAAUGUGGUAGAAAUUUAUCAACUCAUGUUUAACCAAUUUGAUGUGUGUUGUGAUCUAGGGGGAAUGAGGUAAAGUUUAUAUUUGAAUUGUGGGGUGGGGGAGAAGGGAUUGCUUAAGUAAAUAGUGGAGUGAUUGUGGUACAUGAUGUCUCUAUAAGAUGAGACAUUAUUUUUAUGCAUCAUAGAAACAUUCUUUUACCCAUGAGUGAUUGUGCUAACUAUAAAUUGUUUAUACGUUAAAGUAGGUUCUCUCAAUUAGGCAACAUUUGGUUAGCCAAGCCCAAGUUAUUGUUUGUACUUGAAAGUAAUAAAGCUACAUUUCCUUAAAAAUAUAUUCUAUAGUUAAGACUUUUUCUUUCUUUCUUUCCAACCAGUUCAUGUGAAACUUUUCAGAAGUGUUUUAGAAUGUGUCUUUAGAAACGGAGCUACCCCAUGUGUAGCUCUGUUCUCUUACCUUUUUUUAUGUGCUUUCUCAAUUGUAAGUCCAACAAUACAACAACUUCUGAAUAAGAUCCAAGAGGGAAAACAAUAAAUUUAAAAGUAGAAACAAGGAAGGAGUAUUGGUGACCUUCAUGAGUAGAUAAAAUGGGGGAAAAAGGUUUAAUUCUCCAGAUUCAAGACCUUGAAAUCAUCUUCCUCUCUCUUACCCUCCUCUAUCAAGCAUAUCCCUAAGUCGGUUCAUUCUUAAAGUAAAGCUCCUUGUCAUUCACUAAACAUGCUCCUGUACCUUUGAUUCCUCCCAGCAGCCCUAUUACAGGACAGAUUGUCAUUCCUGUUUUACAGAUGAGAAAGGUAAGGCUUGGAAAAGUGGUUAAUUGCUUAGAGGAGUAAUAAGUGAUGAGGUUGAGACUGGGACCUGAUUUUCAGCCUCCACUUAACCAGUUGCCAUCAAGUCGAUUCCAAUUCAUGGCAAUCCAUUGUA